CAGCCGAGGCCGAAAGCGAGGCUGUGACGUCAUCGUGGAAGUGAUCCGGCGCUGGAACGUUGAGAAGAAGCCGGAGCCCGGAGAGUCAACGUUCCAAAGAGCGAUCGGUCACGGUCUGGAGCUCCGCGGGAAGCCGGCGCUCUACGGGCUCUCCUCCGCCAAGCCGUCCUCCCGAACCCCCCACUCUGGCACCCCCGGCUUUCUGCUCACUUUGUAGGACCUUUAAAGGGUGAAGUCUCAGGGGCCCCUCCUCCCCCCCGCUCCAUAUAGGGUCCCAUAGAGUCCUAGGCUUAGGGGCCCCUCAUACAUUCUUUAUGUCUGAUUUAGAAAUCGGGCUUCUUUGUUGGGUAUCCUGACGGUGAUUAGAACGUAACCUCUCAUUUCUGCCCCACUGAGCCCUGUAUUCAGAUCCCCCGGCUCUACCGUCCUGUUAUUCCUGUAUUAGGGGUUACAUAUAGGUCCUAAGCAUGAUGAACCCGGGGCUUCCCUUCCUCAAUCCACCAACGCUUAACCAGCCCCCAAUCCAACAGCAGCAGCCACAGUAUAAAUCUGCCCUACCCAUCAAGAAGAAUGCUAUUACAGAUGACUACAAGGUGACCAACCAGGUCCUGGGACUGGGCAUCAACGGAAGAGUGCUAGAGAUCUUCAGCAAAAAGACUGGGGAAAAGUUUGCCUUGAAGAUGCUGCAGGACUGUCCCAAGGCACGUAGGGAAGUGGAGCUGCAUUGGAGGGCAUCUCAGUGUGCGCACAUCGUAAAGAUAAUUGAUGUAUAUGAGAAUCUCUACCAGUCUCGGAAAUGCCUUCUCAUUAUUAUGGAGUGUCUUGACGGUGGAGAGUUGUUCAGUCGCAUUCAAGACCGAGGUGACCAAGCCUUUACUGAGCGUGAGGCUUCUGACAUCAUGAAAAGCAUCGGCGAGGCUAUCCAGUAUUUACACGCCAUCAAUAUUGCCCACAGAGAUGUUAAGCCUGAAAAUCUUCUAUACACGUCAAAGAGACCAAACUCCGUGCUAAAGCUCACAGAUUUUGGCUUUGCCAAAGAAACCACUACACACAACUCUUUGGCCACACCCUGUUACACACCUUACUAUGUGGCUCCCGAAGUUCUAGGCCCAGAAAAAUAUGACAAGUCAUGUGAUAUGUGGUCACUUGGUGUCAUCAUGUAUAUUUUACUCUGUGGAUAUCCACCAUUUUACUCCAACCAUGGUCUGGCAAUAUCCCCAGGAAUGAAGAAAAGGAUCCGCAUGGGCCAGUAUGAGUUCCCUAAUCCUGAGUGGUCUGAAGUAUCCGAUGAAGUCAAACAACUUAUUAGAAAUCUCUUGAAAACCGAUCCAACUCAGAGGAUGACCAUCACAGAAUUCAUGAACCACCCUUGGAUAAUGCAGUCCAUACAAAUACCACCAACUCCCCUCCACACCAGUCGGGUCUUGAAAGAAGAGAAAGAUUUGUGGGAAGAUGUCAAGGAGGAGAUGACCAGUGCCCUGGCCACCAUGAGGGUUGACUACGAGCAGAUAAAGAUCAAAAAAAUUGAAGAUGCCUCCAACCCACUUCUACAGAAGAGACGAAAGAAGAUAACCCCUCAUGUUGCCAAUCAUUGAGCUAGCAAUUCUUUCUAUUAUGCUCUAGAACUGUUGGUGCCAAUCACACCAGCUCAGUGUUAGCUGUAAUUGUGGUUUAUUAGUGCCACGGUAAAAAUAGUGGGAAAGGGCUGUUGGUCUAUAGGAUUGACGCCUGCCAUGGAAAUCCUUGUGUUUCCCUGCUUACUACUCCAUUUUUAGUCUGGAAGUUUUUAUAAUUUUGUUUUGUUUUUCUUUUUUUCUUUUUUUUGAUUUUAGAGAAUAUUCACAGUAUAUUUUAUAUAUAUAUAUAUAUAUAUAUAUAUAUAUAUAUAUAUAUAUAUAUUAUUUUAAAAUAACUCAAGUCAUUGAGAACUUUUGCUGGGGAAACAGACAGUGGAGUCUCCCAGCCUUAAAAAUAAGGGAGAGGUAAGUUGUACUCUGUUGUACCCCAUAUGAAGAGGGGAAACUUUUUUUUUUUUUUUUUUCUUUUUAGAGAGCAAUGGUAGUGGAACGGUAUAGCUCUAUAGAGCACUACCUUCAGAUGUAUGUCCUUUUGCAAAGCUGGUUAGGCCACCAUGUUUUUUUUUUCCUGCGUCUUGUUACAUGGCACAUACAUGGAGUGUACCACACCUUGCUCUCUAUAUCUCUUUGAUUAAAGACUUGAUUUCUGUUAUUCUUCACAUGGCUUUAAAAAGUAUCACCAUAUAGUUGUGUUAAAUUUGUGUAAAUAUAGCAAUUUUUUUUAUUAUUUUAAAUUCACUGUGUGUCUUGCUUGAGUAGCGUAUUUGUAUUACAGUUAAAGCCUCUGUGUAAACUUUUAUUUCUUUUGGGUAUGUUUCUUCUUUGUGUUUAGUGCCUGCAUAUGCUUCAAGUUGCCUUAAAUGCAACCAAAUAUAGAUCUUAAAUGGUCUUUUUUUACCUAUGGCUGUAAGUCAUAGCUCCUAUAGUGUUUAGGGGCCGUCAGGCCUUUAGAUAUGUUUGCCUGAAAAUCUUCACACUUGGGCUCAUGCAACCUUAAUUAGAUUUGGCAACCAAAGCGAAGGAACCUUGUUCCUUACUGCCAAAUCUGUGGUGAUAAUGCUGCUGCUGUUUUAUCUGAGAUUGAUAUAUAGUCUGAGAUCUGACUUGAGAAUGACUUUUAGUGGAGCUUCUGUCCUCCUUGAAAACUCUGUCCAAUGAACAUUCUGCAUGAAUUGAUUGCUAUUUCAAAAUGCAGUAGGCAUCUUGUUUCUUGUCAUUAUUGUGAUCAUGAUGAAAUAUACUGUGGUUUGCAGAAAAUGAAGGUAUAAUUUUUGUAUGGUUACCCCAUUCAGUGUUGAAAUUAUGUUGCUAUUUAAUCCAAUAACCUAUACUUGAGGGGCAGAUUUGGGGCAUGAUAGCAUAGAGACAUAUGGGGGUAUGCUGUAAUAUUUUUGUAAAUCCCACUACUCUGGAGUUUUCUGCAACGCAUAAUAUUUUCAUUCUCUGCUCUGUGAGCUCAAAUAUGUUCUUUUCUCUAGAAAGCAAUAUUCCUUCCUUCUGGAAUUCUUGUAAAAUUAUAAUUUUGUAUGAUCAAAUUGUUUUACUAAACAGUUUUAAUAUUUGGAAAA